AUGGCGUUGCACGGCCUCCUCUUGACCAUCUUCUUGGGAUGUCACUUCGACAGCCAUGCUCUGCGAAUCGCGAAGAUCGCGAAGACCGCGCAGCGGCAGCGCUGGCACCGGCACUGGCCACAGAGAUGGGGUAGGUACCACUACCAUCCGCGGCCGCAGAAGUCCCCCUAUAUCCAGAUUCCGCCGGACGUGGAUGUGCUCCCAAAAGACAACAGCAACCUCUUGGGUGCUCAAUGCAACUGGGGCGGGAUGAAUUCCUAUUUUCUGUAUGCCCAGGAAGUGACGAAUCAGCAUAAGACCUUGAAGGCGAUGAGCGAUUGGGGCUUGAAAGUGCUGCGCAUUUUCAUCGACACCGUUCCUCGCAAUCACAAAAACACCAAGAGUCAGUUUGUGGAUUUCCUUGAGCCAGAUCACAUGGGUCCGCCCUAUAAAACCCAAGUCUUGGACCUCAUCAAUGAUCUGAUGGUCAGGGCACACGACUAUGGUGUGAAGCUGGCCAUUGCCAUGCAUGACCGAUAUUCGCUGGGGUGUUAUGCUUGCGAUGGCUAUCAAAAAGAGCUGGGAUUGUUUUGUGCCCCAGCGCACAACAAGAAAUGUGGACCCCUGAACGAUGCAUCAGAAUUCUAUACGAAUGCGACCGCGAUCUCCUACUAUGACCAGCGCUUGGAGUUUAUCUUGAAAUAUCGGAAUCUUCAUUUCAACAAGACAUGGGGUGAACUGAAAGAAGUGGUGGCCAUGUUCGAGGUUCAAAACGAAGCACAUGGCUUCGAUCCUCGUCCAUGGCCAAACGACUGGCACUGCGAGCGUGCAAAAGUCAUGAAAGCACACAUGGAUCCCGCUAUUUAUAUUGGCACGGGCGGUGGUCGAACCUUCAGCGAAAGCACAUUGAUAGAACAUUUCAAUUGUUCUGAGAUCGAUGUGGUGACGCUACAUGAUUAUGAUGCCUGCACGUGGCUGGAGAUGGACCACAAUUUGACGGAUGCCAAAAAGCUCAGUAUGACAUAUAACAAGAAGAUCCUCUAUGAGGAGUUUGGCAACCAAAAACAGUCCUAUCGACCAGACUACUAUUACGCAAUUCUCACCGCUGCGAAUCGCAACGGCAUUCCAUUUAUGCCCUGGGAAUUUCUCAUUCCGCCCAGCACAGGUGAUCAAGGCGGCUUCGAGUUCAGGCGUCAUAUCCAGUGCUGGUCUUCGGUGUGCUGGUUGCCAACCGGACAGCUGCAACCCACCGAUGGUCCAAUUUGGAACUCUGCGGUGUCGACGCGUAGGAUGGAAGGCUGGCAGAGUGUGACAGGACACCAGUGCCUGCAGCGCCAACGACACGCCUUGGUCGCUGCCUUGGCAGCGACGAAACCGCUGGAGCGGCUGGCGCAGCAGCGGAGACAAGUGGCCUUGAGUCUGCAGGCAGUGCAGGCGCUUCAGCAAGCCAAUGCUGCAGAUGAAAAUGAACCACUGGUGAUGCCUGGCAGGGCUUUCUUCACACCACAUAGGCAGAAAGAUCAGCUUCGGAUUGCUAGAGCGUUUACCGCCCGAUUGCGGAGCCUAGGUGCCUACUGUCGAGCUAAACCCAGUUGGGAGGCUGUUGCUUACGACCACCUGAAGGGAGCGCAGGUCGAGCCGCGCAAAGACGCCCGGGGUCGGCAAUCGACCAAGGCUCAAAGGCAUGCAUCUGCAAGCAUGGCUGCGAAGGAUACCUUUGUGGUUGUCUACACUCACAAGGGAAAUGGAGAGCAAAUAGGCGAUUCAAAGGAAGAGAAGCCACAGAAGAUUGUCCUUCGCGUCACCCUUUGGGUGAAACAUCCUUUGCUGCUGGCUGAAGGUGAUCGAGCUGACCUUGAUGGAGCGAAAGUUCAAGGAUGCUGUCUGAAUGGAUUUGAGGCAAUUGAGUGGUGGCUGACAAAGCUUCGGCCACCGGAACUUCAAUCUGGCAAAGACAUUGAGCAUAUCCUCCUUUUGAUGAGGAGCGAUUCGACAACUCAGGAGGUGGCCAAGGCAGCGGAACGCUUCGCGGAAAUGCGAAUGGGCAUGUCCAUCUCCGAAAUGGAGGCGCCCGUGCGGCCUCGAGCCCUGGAGCAAAAAAUGGCCGCGGGGGAGCCCCAAGUCUCGGACGAGGUGCCAGUUGGCGGCCAAUGGGGACUGGGGACACCUGAAACACCGCAGAUGGGCAUUCAGCCCGGCUGGUGGAAUCACAGAAAUUCUGAGAGCGACUUUCAAGAGUUUCGGGAGUUCGGAGCGGAACCUGGCAAAUGUCAGCCAUCAACCGGACGGGCUCCCUUGUACCAUCAGCGGUAG